GCAGCGAGUCUCGUGAUGCCUCAGGCAAGAGUAUCCAAAACGGGCUAGUGCAUAUCCCCGCCGGCGCUGAUGCAAUGGGCGAGUGACGAAAACAGGAUCGCUGGAGCUCAGUCAAACUUCUUCACCUUCUUCUCACGAUUGCCAAUUGCUUCAAUCCACAUCACAAUGGCGUCCAUCAUCUCCCGCACUAGCUUCCGUGCUCUCACGGCUCUUCCCCGGGCCACCCCUCUCCCUCGUCUGUCGCUGUCUAGCCAGCUCCCUCGCAUGCAGCCCCGCGUGCAACCCCUCCCCCGCCGCUUCCUCACCACCAUUCCCCAGGAGCAACCCCGUCUUCGCCUCGGAUCGAAGGCCCCCAAUUUCAAGGCGCAGACCACCCAUGGCGAGCUCGACUUCCACGAGUUCAUCGGCAAUAGCUGGGCCAUCCUGUUCUCGCACCCGGCCGACUUCACCCCCGUGUGUACCACCGAGCUGGGCGCCUUCGCCAAGAUGAAGGACGACUUUGAGAAGAGAGAUGUCAAGAUGAUUGGCCUGAGCGCCAACGACCUCAGCUCCCACGACCAGUGGAUCGACGACAUCAACGAGGUGGCCAACACCCAGGUGCAGUUCCCCGUGAUCGCCGACGCUGACCGUAAGGUGGCCUUCCUGUACGACAUGAUCGACCAGCGCGACCUGGACAACAUCGCCGAGAAGGGGAUCCCGUUCACGAUCCGGUCGGUCUUCAUCAUCGACCCGGCCAAGACCAUCCGGCUGAUCAUGUCGUACCCAGCGUCGACGGGCCGCAACUCGGCGGAGGUGCUGCGCGUGAUCGACUCGCUGCAGACGGCGGACAAGAAGGGUAUCGCGACCCCGAUUGACUGGAACGUGGGCGACGAUGUGAUUGUGCCCCCCUCGGUGUCGACGGAGGACGCCAAGAAGAAGUUCGGCAACGUGCGGGAGCUGAAGCCGUACCUGCGCUACACCAAGGCCUGAGCGCUAAACCCACUGGGGCUGGACUCGGCUGAAACGGGAUAAAGACAUAGGUUUCAGAGGUUAAUGUAACAUCACUGUAAUCUAGACCAGAUUUAUACACGCGCAAGUUU